CACCUCCUCCGACUCUGCAGUGGCGGCGGGGUGGCGAGCCGGAGCGCCAGCGGGCCAGGGCCGGAGCCGAGCCGGGGUCGGGGAAACAGCGGGGACCCUCGGAGGCGGGGCCAGUGGGACCGCGAUGGGCGUGGAGAUCGAGACCAUCUCCCCGGGAGACGGAAGGACAUUCCCCAAGAAGGGCCAGACGUGUGUGGUGCACUACACAGGAAUGCUCCAAAAUGGGAAGAAAUUCGAUUCAUCCAGAGACAGAAACAAACCUUUCAAGUUCAGAAUUGGCAAACAGGAAGUCAUCAAGGGUUUCGAAGAGGGCGCAGCCCAGAUGAGCUUGGGGCAGAGGGCGAAGCUGACCUGCACCCCCGACGUGGCGUAUGGGGCCACGGGCCACCCCGGUGUCAUCCCUCCCAAUGCCACCCUCAUCUUUGACGUGGAGCUGCUCAACUUAGAGUGAAGGCAGGAAGGAACUGAAGGUGGCUGGAGAUGGCUGCUGCUCACCCUCCUAGCCUGCUCUGCCACUGGGACGGCUCCUCCUGCUUGGGGCUCUUGAUCAGUGCGCUAACCUCACUGCCCCAACGCAUUAUCCAUUCUCUCUGCCCAGGUUGCUCUGUAUGUGUUCCGUCAUUGUUCACGCGCAUCUUUGCUUGAGGAAACUUCAGUUGCAGAUUGAAAUGUUUCAGGUUGUGCAUUUUGCGUGAUGCAUGUAGUAGCCAUUCCUGAUCACAGAACAGAUUUCUUGUUCGCACAAUCUACACUGCCUUACCUUUACUUAAGCCAGACACACAAGGUGCUCAGACAUGAAAUGUACAUGGUGUACACAGAGGGACUUGAGCCAGUUGCCUUUGCUGUCACUUUCUCUCUCGGAAAUUCUGCUGACUUAAACGAUGUCCUUUUUGGAAAUGAUAUGAAAAAUAAAGGCUCUGUGCUU